AUGAAAAAAUAUUCAUUUCUUAUGUUUUGUCGAGUUGUUUAUACGAAGCCAUGUGUGCAAAAGAAAACGAAUAAUCAAAUUCAGAAAAAUCAAGCAACAUUAAACAGAAUUCGAUAUGUAAUAGGUGCUUUUCGUUUAGCUGUUCAAUCUGCUUAUGAUGAUGCUGAUUUAUCAUCUCAUACAGAUGAUAAAACAAAGAAAAAGAAAAACAAACAAUUAAAAACUACAUUAAAUAGAAUUGUUCGUGAUGGUUUUAUCGAUCAAUUUUAUGAACUUAUUAUACUUUAUCUUGUUCAUUAUAUUCAUCAUGUUACAUUUGUAGAACUUGUUAAUACAUUAAUACUUAUGUAUAAAAAAUUUAUUAAAGUUUGCAAAAACGAAGACAAAAAAAAAGGUUUAAAUGUGAAAGAUAUUAAAGAGAUAGAUAAUUGA